AUGUCUGGACGCGGCAAACAGGGCGGUAAGGCUCGCGCCAAGGCCAAGACCCGCUCCUCCCGGGCCGGCCUGCAGUUCCCCGUGGGCCGCGUGCACCGGCUGCUCCGCAAGGGCAACUACUCGGAGCGCGUGGGCGCCGGCGCCCCGGUGUACCUGGCGGCCGUGCUGGAGUACCUGACGGCCGAGAUCCUGGAGCUGGCGGGCAACGCGGCCCGCGACAACAAGAAGACGCGCAUCAUCCCGCGCCACCUGCAGCUGGCCAUCCGCAACGACGAGGAGCUCAACAAGCUGCUGGGCCGCGUGACCAUCGCGCAGGGCGGCGUCCUGCCCAACAUCCAGGCCGUGCUGCUGCCCAAGAAGACCGAGAGCCACCACAAGGCCAAGGGGAAGUGAGACCGUUUGUUACAAAACACCACGAAUCACCAAAGGCUCUUUUCAGAGCCACCUACAAAAACACUUGGAGGAGUUGUGCUACUUUGGUUGGUUAUUGGGUAAUGAGUGCAACAUUGAAAUUACGUGAACCUAGUCCUAGUCUUAUACAAUCCAGUGUGGAAUUUAAUUUUAAUGUUUCAGGCCACGAAGUUUGCUUGUAUCUUCCUGUAGUGCAUUCUAGGACAAAGCAAAUUACAGUUUAUGGACUACUUAGUUCCCUCAGCCUA